AUGGUCGACCUGAUGAAAGCGGCAAUAGACGGAACUUCAAUACCGGAAAUCGCCGAACUGACCAAACUUUUCGUGAUGCGAGAAUAUCCCGACAGGAUUCAGAAUUGUACCGAAUCCGACCCGGAAUCCGUCAGAUGCGUCAUGCAUCACACUCCAGAAGAAGAGGACAGGAACAGGACGGAAUUCGUCAAAAGUCCGUUCAACUACAGUUUCUUGAACCUUUUCGAUAACGUCAACAAUGUUACGGAAAAUAAUAUCUGGCUGGAUUCUUUGGAUCCUUCUCCGUAUCUUGAAGGAAGCGGUGAAUACAUGGAAUAUGAUUCCGAUGAGUAUUCUCAAGAAGAAAAAGAAAAUAGUGAAUGA